AUGAAAUCCUAUAUACAAUUAAUUGGUAGUGGAACAUUUGAUGUACCACCUUCAAUAAUGAUUCAUUUUGAUAGCCAACAAAAUAGUCAAAGAUAUUUAUUUAAUUGUGGUGAAGGAACUCAAAGGUUUUGUUUACAAAAUAAAUUAAAAGUUACCUUACCAUUAAAACGCGCUAAUGAUUCUACACUUGAUACCGUCGAUAAUACAUCUUUACAAUACAAAAAAGAAAUUUUGUCUUUAAUGUUUAAUCAACAUCACCAGCCUCAUAAUCCUAAAGGACAAAAAAAGUCAAAAACAUACGAAGAAAAUUCUGCAUUAGACAUUCCUGAUGAUGUACAAAAUGAUCAAUCUUCAUCUUCUAAAGAUGAUAAAGAUUCUCUGAUUCAACAACGUAGAAAAUUAUUUCCCAAGAGAUUACCAAAAUCCUGUCCUUCAUCAACAUCUAUUGCUUAUGUUUGUAUAGGACCAGAAUAUAAAGGAAAAUUUAAUCCUGAAGCUGCUAAAGCCCUUGGUUUAAAGCCUGGACGCCAAUAUGUGACUGCCCCAGAUGGAACAACUGUUCAUCCAAACCAAGUUUUAGGUCCCUCUCGAGCCGGCACG